UUGUCUUGAGUGGAAUAAGGACUUUAGGACUGGACAGCUGUGAACUAAAUUGGACCAGACAGAACCAAAACAUGGAAAAUGAGAAAACAGAAGAGAAGAUGGAAGGCGUAUCAGAAGAUAAAGAAGAAAAUACAGAGGAGGCUAAACUAGAGAUUGUUCAGCUGCAGGGCCUGAUGGCUGAGCUGCACGAGGGGCUCCACGCUGCCCUGAUGGAGCUGCGCGAGCUGCGUCACAGGGACCACGGCCUGGAGGAGAAGCUCCAGGCUCAUCAGACUGACGUGGAUGAUAAAAUAAUGGGCCUCAAGAAUUCGCUCAACACUUUCAAGGAGGCGCUCAAUACAGCGCUGUUGCACGUUAAGGAUGUGUCCAGCAGACAGAGAGAGGUUCAGAGGAGGAUAGAACUGCUGCAGCCAGAAAACACCAAAGAUAUAAUCUGUGUUUCAUGCAGGAAGAGCUGCAAGGCAGAUGUGCUAAUGGAAUCAGGAGACGAACACAUCUGUGUGCCCAGCCAAUCAGAUAUCAGUGGUUUCCAGCACUUAUUUGCCAAUCUGCCACGCAGUGGGUCACCACAGAGGAGCUCCACAUCAACGCAAACCUCUACCUCUGAGCAGGAGGCUCAGCAGCAGCGGAGAGGUCGCCUGUCCACAUCACCAGCGCAGAGAGAAAGAAACAACAGCAAAGAUGACACAGACACUAGCAGCCGGCCUGAAAACAGUAAGAGACAGAGAGCGGCACUGGAGCUGCUGGAGUCAGAGAGAGUUUACAUAUCCAACCUGUCUCUCCUACUAAAGGCCAACAUAUCCUUCAAUGGAUCAGAGGCGCCCACCUCCAAAGACAAACGUCCAUUCCCAAGCUCUCUGAGGUUUCUGAUCCAGCAGCAUCUCAACCUCCUUCACAUUCUCCAGGAACGUGUGCUCAAAUACCAGUGGCAAGGCAUCAUGGGGGACGUGUUUAUGAGGCUCACCAGCAAAGGGAGUGAAUUCUUAGACUUUUAUGUGUCAUACCUGAAGGAGCUUCCAGACUGUUUGUCAGUCAUCACCAUGCUGGCCUGCAGCUCUGUGAAAUCUUCUGCCCUCCAGGAGAGUGACAUAACGGGGGACGAAUCCAAACCCUCCCUCCACAUGCUGCUUCUCCAGCCGGUUCAGAGGAUCCCCGAGUACCUGCUGCUGCUCCAGAGGCUGCUGAGGCAGACUGAUGUCAGUCACCCAGAUUAUUACCUGCUGCUAGUGUGCAUCCAGCAGUUCAGGUCCUUCACAGCUCAGUAUCACCACCUGCUUCAGCACAACCAGGAGCUUCUGCUGCAUAACCACAAGGAGCUGAAGAGGGAACAUGCUAACCAGGCAAGGGACAGCAAGCAGCGUCUCCUGGAGCAGAUCCAGUCCCACUGUUUCCAGGAUCGAGACCAGGAAUCUGAAACUCACGGUUAUGACAGAGAGUGGACCUCCCAGUUACCAUUCUUCAGCCAUGACCUGGACUCACGGAGCUACAAACCAACAGGUCUUGGCAGUAUCCCAGAGAGUGAGGCAUCUGAGAGCUUGAUGUCAUAUCAUCAUUGCUUGCCCUCCAGACCUACCGACUUGAUUCAGGGUCAACCUGGCUCUGCUCUGGCCGAUGCUCUCGGAGAGUUCCUUCUUCCUCCAGACCCCGAAGGAAUGGAGAGCCACUAUGAAGAGGACAAAGGCUCUCUUCAUGAUGUCUCCAUGUUUGAGCGCUGCUCCUCUGCAUCCUCAGAUUCCUCCAUUGACAUUGCCUUUGUGAAGUGCCCCAAAGCCCACUCAGCAUCACAUCAUGUAAUGGCGGCAAAUGUGUCAACAGCCUGUGAAGUUUUGGCCAAUGAUGGAAAUCAAGGAAAUGGUUACAGCAAACUGUCCAACCGAGGAUGUGUGUCUCCAGAUGAAGCUUUAAUGAUGCGCUUCAAUCAGCAUCACCCCCUUCAGGCCAGCCAGUGUAAGAGCAAGUCACUAAAUGGCCUGCAGAUGGAGAACACAGUGAGUUGUCUGGAGAGUGGGCCUCUAUCAGAUCACCUCCGAAGGGUGGGACUGGGCAGCCAUGCCAAGCUGCAGCGCCAGGGCAGUAAGGGAAGCAAAGGGUGUCCCCACCUAUCACAUAAAGUCCACAGCCCCCUGGGAAACAGAGCAGAUACUGACAAACAGAAUGACGGUCUUCAUGGGUCGCUCAGCAUUGAUGGCGGGAUAAAAUCAUGGGGGGAAGAGUCAAAGUGGAGGAGUGGGGCUGAGGAGAAUAACCACAACCCUCUCAGUGAGAGGAGCCGGAAGCAGGACAAAGGAGGCUUCAGGAGCUCGUUCAAGAAACUCUUCAAGAAGAAGAGCGGCGAUGAGAAGAAAGAGAAGGGGUGUGAGAAAGCACCAGAAAACCACAAUAACAGCGAACAUCAGGAGACAUCAGGGAAAAAUCCCAAACUGGCACAUCUGGAGAUAAACCGGGGUACAGCUGUAUGAACACCAGCCUGUCAACAAACACUGCCACAGACUGAUUAACUAUACAGUGUAAACAUGCAUGUUUUAGGAUACACACAUGCUAAAUUUGAGACUACUAUAUGAGUGCUGUAAGCUGUUUAGAUAAGCAGCUUUUCUUUUAAACAUUUCCAUUUAUAAAUCUGAUGAACGUGGUUAAUUGAAAGACAGAGUCUAGGCCCUGGCCUUGAUACUGAGGGAAAGCACUCGGCAUUGU